AUGUACUCGAUGCACACAGACAUUAUGUAUUUACAGUCGAGGAGGAAGUUCACCCAGUAUUAUGUGCUAUCACUGCUUUCUGAUUUUAUGAAAACUGUGUUGCUUUUGUUUGAUACGUUGAUCUUUUGUUUUACAAUCUCCAUUUCGUUGCUCAUGAUGCUUUUUGGCUAUCUGGGUGUCAUAUCAGAAAAGCCCAUAACUCUACAUGGAAAGUUGUACAUAGGGACCGUUUAUUUGGACAUUUUGCUGAAUUUUUUAAUUGCGUUAGUUUUUAUGUACAAUAUAUUUAUAAUGUCCACGUGUAACCUGUCGUACAUGGCUAAAUUUAUUGUAAACCGUAAUUUUUUUUAUUCCAUAAUGACCAUGAUUAUUGUCCUUUGUCUCCUUUCCAUUGUGUUUAAUAUAUAUGCCUUAUAUUACGCGCGAAGAUUUAAAACCUUUGUAAUGGCCAUAGAAAACGACACAAAAAAUGCAAAAGCAAAUGCUAGGACACAUGUAAGGUUCAAUUUAAGAUCAUGUACCAAAGGGAGCAAAAGUGCACGAGUAAAUGCCAACGUAAGGGAAAAUGUGCCAGGAAAUAGAGGUGCACAGGAGAGAGCGCACACAAGAGGCAAUGUCUAUAUGCACGGGAAUGUGUUCCCUCCAGGAAUAGUAUCCACAGCAACGAACCUACCCACAGUAGGAAUUUGCUCCACAGAAGGAAACACGUUAGCACCAGGGAACGUGCAGUCCAACGCAAAUGGUAACAAAAGCGGAAAGGCACAAGCACUUGCGAGCACACGCAGAAACGGAAAGGAAAAUUCAGCAAUAAGCGGGGAAAAAAUAAGCAUCACCAUUGAUGAGAACACUGGACCAGAUGGCAAACCCUUGGAGGACUCAUUCAAAUUGGAAAAACCGUCCUUUAAGGUUGCCAAGACGGUAUUCCCCCUGGAUGCAGGCAACAAAAUAAACGACAUGCUAGAGGACAAUGCAAAGACAAAAAUGAGCAUGAAAAAAAAAAUUACACCAGGAUUAGACAAGGAGCAGCAAAACGUUGAGUCGAGGAGGAAUAAAUUUGUGAAUGAUGAUAUUGGCCCAAAGAACGUAGAAAUUAUCAAAGAAGGUGUAAAACAGGAGAUGCCAUCUGUGCGUAAGGAGGAAAACGAAUUGCCCCAAGUUCACCCUUCCGAAAAGGAAGUGCACCCAGGGAAAAAUGCUGAGAAAAAAUUACCCCAAAUGAGUAAUGUUGAGAAAAACAUCUUAUAA